ACAGUAUUUUAUUACCUUGAAGGAUAGAGAUCAACUUGUUGGGCAUAAAACGAGCACUUUAGAGCAAGCAGUUUGUGGAUUUUUUUAAAUAAUUUUUAUUUGGCAUCAUCAGUCAAACCUUUCAUGUUGCUGAAAUCUAUUGCCGUCUUUGAAAAAUCAGUCAUUCUAAGCUGGUACAAAAUCAGUUCGAAGACAGAUUUUUCUUGCUUUACGAUUUCUUAGAAGCUCUUGAGAGCAUCUCCUCAAAAGAAUAAGUUAAAACUUAAAAUAUAUUCUUACUCUCUUCUAUGAACCAAUAACAAUGGAUAUAAAUUCCAGCCUUCCUCAUAUUACAACACAAAAACUAGCUUGGAAGAAUAUUAGAGGUUGAGAAAUCACAUCUUGAGAAAUUAGAAAAUGUCAACUAAUAUUAUUUUGACAAUUGUGCAUUAUGAUACAGUUCUCAGUUAUGUUCCAAACCUUUUAAAAAAAAAAAAAAAGUUUCACUGAGUCAGUAACUGCCAUGUGCUUACUUUCUUUUUAUUGUUGGGACUGUGUGCAAGACUGUUAUGCUUAUCAUCCCUAAACUUGACACUUUCUCCUACUUGCUCCUGCAAGUCCAUCCUCUGCUUAAUGUCUGGAUCUCUGUUCAGUCCCAGUCUCACUGUGCAGUCAGUUUUAAGGUUAGAUCAAAACAACUAGCUGAAAACCUCCAUUCAGCCAUCCCGUUACACUGGAGGUAUCUAACUGCUGAAGAAGAGGAAUUUGUCAAUUUGAGCUAGUAGCCUUAGGGCCCUCCUAUAGACAGAGAGAAACAGAAACUUACAGGGCACCACUGAUGACCACUUCAGGAGUCUUCAGGAGAGAAACUGCAGCCCAGUGUAUUGGCCUUUCUAGUUGCGUUGAUAUAUGGCAAAAGUAUUACUACGCAAACAUACUUCUUGAUUUGAUUCUGAAAAUAUACUACAGUGCUAAGUACGAGAAAAGAAUGUGAGAUUUCGUACAUCUAUUUUUAAUCUGUUUAAUUAUUCUCAACUACUAAUGCUCUUCUAAGUAGUGCAAGUUUAUACUGUACUUUCUCAUAUGAUCUGAAUUCUUAAUUAUGUACAUAAACUUUUCAUUUUAUUCUACAUGAUUGUCCACUACCUUUCUUAUAAUUUAUAUAAAGGAGCGAGUAAAAACUCUUCUACCUAAUAUUUAUUCUAAACAAUUGCCAAUGUAAUCUUUAAAACAGUUAUUAUCUCUGUCCAUUGUGAGAUUGUAAGAAGAGAAAGAAAUAUUUUUACCAGGUACAACUACUGCAAUUUUCUUCUGCUAUCAUUGAUUCUUAGCAAGUUCUUAAGUUCUACUUAAUUUCACUGCUAAGAGUAAACUUCUACUACUUUGCUUCUAAGAAAAAGUCAUUCUCAGAAAACCUCCAAGAUGGAAUUGAGAUCACUGACACACUUUCCCUUAAAAUAUUCAAAGAGCAGUGCCUCAGCAUAUCAUAAACUAUGAUGUUGAGGGGCUAUUCCACACAAAAUAGCAUCUUUAAAAAGGGUUGCAAGGAAGUCUUUUUCUUUUUUUUUUGUUAAACUUGACAUUCCAGAUUAAAAUUUAUUACCUCUGCUUCAAAGUUUCUAAAGCUUAUCGUGAAGUGUGGUUUUAGGAAAAUUAAUAUACUCUAUUAGAAGGAACUGAUCUUUUCUGUGAAUAGUGAACAGUCUACAGUGGAAGUUUAUAUUGUCUCACUAUUCUCAUCAGUUAUCUUUUUUUCUUUCACCAGCAACAGAUAAACCCACUGUAGUAUUUUAUGAUGUUUUUAAAUGAAAUCUAAUAGCUGGUAAAGACACAAACGCAUUUGCACAUCAGAACGAAUAUUUUGUGUCUCUUCAGAUGGCAGGUAAAUAUAUCAACAACCUUCGUAUGGUAAUUAUGUCUCAUUUGUAGUUCAAGAAGUCAGGGCAUAUACUGAAUACAGCAACAUUUUUGCUCAAGUAAGUUAGACAUAAAUGACUUCAAAAGGAAUUACAACUAUUUAGGACCAAUUGGAGGAUUCACCUUCAAGUUCAUUGUAUUUUAUAGGCUCUGUAAUUGCCAAACACUGCAGAUUUAGUAGGCACAAAAAGGUGAGGAAUAAAUUUGUUUAUUUUUAAACUUCAGUUCCUGCUGAGAUUGUAAAUGAUUUUUAUAUGAAGUAUUCUGAUGCACAGAAGCAGUUCAGAUACAUACAUUCCAAGCAGAACACUUAACUAAAGAAAGUAUCUUAUUAUAAAUGUACUUUGAUUCUCAAAUGAUUCGAAGUCAAUUUGUCUGUCCUAUCACCUGAUACUUCAUAUGCCAAGAUGAAGAAAUCCACAUCUAUAUUUACAGACUUUAAAUAUGCUAACAUACUGAGUACACUGCAAAGUUAGUUUUUCAGCCUUAGGUAUAUGUGGAGUAAUAUGAAGAUUGGAAAGGAGUAUAUCGUUCUUGCAUCUUCUCCUGUCUCGACCUCUAUUUUUGCAAUUUCUUGUGCUUUUUUCCAAGCACAUGACAACAGAAAGCAGAAUUAAAUGCUUAGCCCAGCCCCACUUCCCCUUCCCAACUCCCACUUCCCAGAAGAUGUGCUAAUGCAACUUUUCAGAUCCAUCGCUGCAGCUGGGGUGACCCCAUCGUCCUCUUUUUCAGCAAACGGCUGUGACGUGACAGAACAGCUGCAGUAAACGUGGGGCUCAGGGUGUCCCGACUGAGCUCCAAAGAGAUUGUGGUGAUGGAGACAGCAGAAGACACCAAGCUGAGAGGUGCAGCUGUAUGACAGAAGGGGACAGAAGCUGAGCUACGCCCCAUCCCUGGAGGCACUCAAGGCCGGGUCGGGUGGUGCCCUGGGCAGCCUGAGCUGCCGGGAUAAGCCCUGACCAGGCAGAGGGUUACGACCGGUGAUCUUCAAGGCCCCUUCCGGCCCAACGCGUCCGCGCGCCUGUGAGGACGAAGGAAACGCAGGGCCGGGAGGACCAGCGAGGUGGGUGGCUCAGAGCGAGCGCGGCCACCCACUACAAAGCACGGGCAGCAGCAGGGCGGUGCACGGGCAGCCGAACGCAACCCCGCGCCCAGCAGCCACCCACCGCUGGGCCGCAGCCACCCCUCGGCGGCCCCGCUUUCCCGCCAACGCCGGCACUACGCCUGCGCCGCGCCGGGGCAGCGGCCUCCCCGCGGGCCGUGACGCCACACCGCCUCCGUGACGCCGCGGCGGCGUGACGCGGCACGCAGAGGGGCGCGCGUGUUCAGUGAUUUGCUGCUUUAGACCAAAAGGACUUUCUUCAUCAGUGACUUGAUGUGUUUUGAGGAGUUUUAUGUGAAGAGGAAUUAAGAUGAAUGAAAUACUUUAUUGGCCAUAGCAGGAUCAGGAUGUGCAAGGAACGUUGUCCUAUCUAUUAGUGGGCAUAAUGCAGAAUCCUUUAACUUUUUCUGCAGGUGGUGUUUUUUUGCAUGCUAAUCCUGCAGAGAAACAAAGUGUUCAACACAGUAUGCUGGGUCAGCAAAAGCAAGAAAGUUGUGCUGGAAAGACAGUAUCCACAGAUAAACACAAAUCCCCUACGGACAUAAUACAAACUUUUCAGAAGAAAAGUCAGUUUAGGACCAUUGCUCCAAAAAUGGUGCCAAAAGUUUUAACAUCUGGAAUGGUUUCUUGUCUUCAAUCAUCUUUGCCUGAACAAUGUACAACGAUUUCAGCAGCAGGUUCUAAACCACUGGUGGUACCAGCUCAAAACUUUGCCAUCAUGCAGGUUGCUGGUCGCGAGGGUACUUUUUCUCUUUUGGCCUUGCCAUACAUUACCCCUGCUGUGAUACAGCCAAGCCAGCAAACAAACAUGGCCCAUUCCGAAAACCAAAAGUUGCCUAUCCCUCGCUACCAAUCUGUAAGAAACAAAUUGCUUUGUGACAAUAAAACAAGCCACGCCUCUGUCUUGAAUACACAGAGCAAGGUAUCUACCAAAGGACAAAUCUCACUGCAGACUUCCUCCAUGACUGCCUUAGCUGAAGACUGUCCAAAAAUUCAUUCUAGCUCAGAUUCAUCUGAGCCAGUGAUGCCGACAGAGCAUAAUUCAUCUGAAAUGAUGGUUUCCACAUUACAAAGAAAGAACACUUGUGUGGAAUCUGGAUCUCCUUCAGUGAACAAAACAAAAACUGCUAUCAGUAAUGUUUCUGGACCAUCUAUAAUUAAAGAGUCUUUAAGCAAGCCAGAAAAUUCAAGUAAUCCUGUGAAAUUUAGCUUUGACUCUGUGAAGACAGCAUCUGCAACCACAAAAGAGUCAUUCAUUAUGUCAGAGAAACUAAAGGAAAAACCCACAAAUUCUGCAAAUUCUGUUUCUGUCCUGUCACCAGCAGUUUUUGGCAGUACAAUACAGAUGACUCCACCAGCACCAACAGGAAAACUUCCUAUUUUGCCUUACUCAAGAAUGAAAAAUUCAGUGCUUUGUAAAUCACAGAGUACUAACGUAAAGGAUAUAUCUGGUAUUUCACUAAGACCUGAAUGUGAAAAGACACCAGCUUUGGUGAAAACCUUUCAUCCUCCUGCUAAAGCAUCUAAUAAACGAUUAGCUGCAUCUUUGACUCAAGCCCCCAAACAAACCAUUCCAGAAAAUACUUUCUCUCCAUCCAAUAAAGUGGACGUUGACAGCCUUAAAAAGUUGAAUGGUACACCCUCUAAAAGGAGAGGCAGGAAGAGAAGAGUCCAAGAUGAUUUAUUGGCUUUUCAGGCCAAGCGAAGGAAAUGCAUUGUUAAUAAAUUUAGAGAAGUAAGAGAGAGGGUGAAAGCUGAUCUUCAGCCACCUGAAGACAAAAAAGCAGAGGCAGUGAAAAAAUACCGUAACAUUAGACCCAAACCAGUGGUAGUAGUGCAGGCAAUUGCACCGCUGACUUCUACAGCACUGGUAGAGGAAAAGUGUCCUGACCAUUCAGACAAAGGUGUUUUUUUAAACAGUUCACUUGCCAAUAAAUAUUCAAGUUAUAAAUAUAAUGAUACCACAUCAGCUACAUCAAUUGAUUUGGGUAGAAAUGCGUACUCAGCUGUACCCAAGCCAUGGCAUAGAUGUCACGUAUGUAACCAUAAGUUCCAGUUCAAACACCAUCUUCAGGACCAUAUGAAUGCACACACAAACAAACGACCCUACUCUUGUCGAAUUUGCCGGAAGGCUUACAUUCAUUCUGGAAGCCUGAGCACACAUAUGAAACUUCAUCACAAUGAAGGCAAACCCAAAAAGUUUGUGUGUUGUGAAUUCUGUGCUAAGAUUUUUGGCCAUGCAAAAGUAUACUUUGGUCACCUGAGGGAAGUGCACAGGGUUGUUAUUAGCACAGAGCCUUCCGGUAGUGAGCAACAGAUGCAAGAUGCUUUGAGGAACAGGGACACAAAUAUAAAAGAGGCAGAAGAAGCAACAGAAAGGGGAAAUAGAUGCGAUUUUGAAGACCUGUUCCAUAAUCCAGGAGAAGUUAAAUUACAGAUCAGAUGUGGUCAGUGUCAGUUCAUUGCGCAGUCUUUUGGUGAAAUGAAGUUUCACUUGUUAUGCUCUCAUGGAGAAGAGAUCCAGGGAAGAGUAAAGGAAGGAGCUCUGCAAGGAAAUAGAGGAGCUAGAGGAGAGCUUAUCAAACAUGCAGCUCAAUUCUGGAAACAGCGCAAUGAAAGAAGACAUUUGGCAAAAUGCAGUGACAACAAGGAGGAGUUUUAUACAUUUCCAAAACUGAAAAGACAAAUAUACCUCCACCAUCAAAGUAAUGUUGAUACAUUAACUAAAACUGAAAUGACUCAGUCAGGAAGCAAUGAAGCAGCCAAGGAGAUGCAAAAUGUAGGUUGUGGGACACCAAGCAAAAAGAUUGAAUUUUGGUCUAAAGCUGGAUAUAACUGCAUUUUAUGCAAGCAGUUAUUUGGAAGAAAAGAGGAUCUUUGUAAUCAUUGGCAAAGUUGUCAUAACUGUGAAGACACUUCUAUUUUAUGGACAAUUUUUAGUUUGUUCUCAAAACAGGGAAUUUUUGAACUUUCUAGCAUUGGUGAAUAUUGAGGCUCAGUUCUAGUGCUGUGUUGAUGAACUGACUUGAGAUGCAUUGCUUCAGAAGUUUGCUUACUAUGGUGGCUUUUUAGUUAUCAGUUACAAUCUUUGCUCACCUUUGUUUUGUUAAAUAGAACAUGUAUUAAUCCAUUAUCUUUCCAGAUGGGUAAAUGCAGGCUGAUUAUGAAGUACUGUACUUAGUAUUCACUUUGCAGCAGCAAAUACUCAACGCUAAUGGUUAAAAUGAAUAAGACGUUUAAGUUCCAUUACACACAGAAAUAAAUCAGUUUACAUGAAGUAAUCCCAAUCUUGAACAAAAUGGCAAACCAGAUUGAAAGUGUGAUUUCAAUCCUGACUGUGGUUCUAGAUUUUAUGCCAAAACUGUGUUUCUUUGCAGAUCAGUAGAUCAUUUUGAAGGUACAUACACACAACCUGCAUUCCAGAGCAUAGUUAUCUUCAAAAACCCUUUACAUUUUGUUUUCUGAAUUUCAGUCUUUUUGGACACUAAGUUUCUUAGGUGUUAUGUUCAGUCCUAGUAAUAGCAGGGAUCUUUGGACUUCAAUGUGAAAAAUCUACAGUUUUCUUUUUUCUUUUUUGCCUGUAGACCUUUGAUUGAAAACAAGAGUUAUUCACUACCUGUGGAGAUGGAACUCUCAAAGCUUGACUGCUGUAUGAAAGUGAAAAAAAAAAAAAGAAAAAAGGUUGUUUUAAAGAUAGUAAUUUGAGUUUGUUACUGCAGGGAAAUCUGAUGUUCUGCAAUAGAUCACAUGCUUCACUGUGAACUUUAAGCACUUUCCAUGUUCCUCCAGUGGCAGCAGCACUACUGCUGUGAACACCUUUAGCAGCAUUCUGCCUUUAACACUCUUGGUAUUUCUCUUUUAUUCCUGUGUAGUUGGCCCAGACAUAGCUGCAAAGGGAAAUUGUUCGUCUGAGUCUAUGAUACAGGUAAUGAGGUUUUUUCACUUGUAUCUCCACAUCUACUGUACAGAUGGAUCCAGAGGCCUUUCCCAGCCGUUCUUUGUGAUGCUGUGAAGUCACUAUAUCGCUGUUCAACAGAAAUCAGUGUAUCAGAAAGCAAACUGAAAAAUACACCAAUACUAUUUCUAAACUACUACUCCAUUCAUUUCUUCUUGUGGUCAAACUGUAAUUGAGGGAUUAAGUGAUGAAAGAAUCAUUCCUACAAUGCCUUGCGUGGCCUCUCACUGUUUUGCAAAAGAAUUUUGUGAAGAGAUCUAAAAAAUGUUGGGGAUUUCAAGGGGAAUUCCAGAAGCUGUUGGAAUAUUUUGUGUAUGUAUGUUUUUUGUUUUUAAACAGUAAAGGCAGCUUUCUGAGCCAGUGGUUUUGAAUGUUGUUUCUUGUACGGUGCUGUGCCUGGUGUUGGACUACAAGACUGAAGCUGAGAAAAAAUUAAAAAAGGAAAGGUUUCAUAGAAAUGCAGGGCUGCUCAGUGAGGUGGAAGAGUCCCUGUGGAUUUUUACUUCUUUCUUACUAUCUGUUCCUUUGAAUACACAACUGAUUUGUUCACUGUUUUAAGAUAAUACUUUGUAUGCUGAACUGCUGUAAAAACACAGUUCUUAUGCUUGUGUGAAAAACAUGUUUUAAUGCAUACAAUAUACUGAGUAUAGUUUAAAAUGCACUGAAACGAGAGCAGUGCUGACACUGAGUUCCCCCUAUGCAGGCACAGCACAGAUGAUGGCUGGGUAGUCCCUCCAAAAUACUUUCCAAAAGUUUGUUUUAAAAUGAUGCAUCAGAGCCAGUGAUGUAGAUGAGUGGUUUAGUGCUAUUUUUUUUUUUUUUUUACCAAGAAGAGUCACUCUCUCGUUUCCUUAAAGGAGGGGCUUGCUGUGCUCCUGGGGGAGGUUUGGGACUCAGGAGCCAGUUGGUUUUUUUUAUUUUUAUUUAACUGGAAAUUCUCAUGUACAAUCCUUCACUUUCAUUAUGUUCCUGAACUUCUUUCCCCGUCUGUAGUCCAGGCCAAGUGGGUAAACAGGGCCCAGAUUUCAGCAAUUUAAAACCUGAAAAUAUGUUUUAAAGCAUAGUUCUAAGCUGCUUCUCGGUGUUCUCAUAAAUGUUUAAAAUUAGAAACCUUUUUUUUUCUGAGCCUGAAAGCAUUCUUACAUUUCAGGCUAUUAGGAUUAUGGUAGAUCAUGAAAGGUUGGGGUUUUUGAAAAUACAUCUGUAUUUGAUGCAAAGCUAUUCUUUGUUUUAAAAACGCAUUUGUUUUGAAUUUGUGUUCAGUUUGAUAGCAUUUGGAAGUACGAAAUAAGCUGUAUUUACAGUACUGUUAGAUAGUGCUGUUCAACAGAAUGGUCGUCAUGAGUGCAGUUUGUUGUUUACCUUCAAGUCGGACAAGCUAACAUCUGGUUUUGCACAGGAAUUAUAGUUUUAAAUUGUUAAAAUGAAUGUUAUUGUUUUUGUAGCUGUAGUUCUUUUCCCCUCUGAUUUUUCAUUAAAUCUCUGUUUCAGCUUUGCUUUUAAACUUGAAAGCGGUUUCUCGUAUGGAAAAUUGUUCUUUCAUCAUCACACCAUAAAUAAUCAAAGCUGGAUGAGUUCCUCUGCUUCUCUGGCUUGCCGAAUAUUGCCCUUCUCCAGCUGCAGAGCUACAGUUUCCUAUGGCUAACAUAUGGCUAACCUAUGGCUAACAACUAUGCUGCCAGCAUGGUUGCUGGCAGUAAAUUUUUACUUCAUUUAUUUAUUAGCAUUUAGAUGUCUGCUGUUUUGCUCCAUCAGAGUUUCUGUCAUACCUCGUUAGAUACCUAUUUUAUCUACUAUUCACUGAGCUCCUUAGAGUCAGUGUCAUAAGAAGGAUGAACAGGUAUUUAGGAGAGUAGAUUUCAACCCUAACUUUGUGCAGCUGAUGCUGACGUUUGAGAAUCACCAGCUUAUCUAGGCUCAGCCAUGUAGUAUAUUAUAUUUCUACAACGCAUCCACCUACAUACGCAUCUUUUUUUGAAAGAAAUGUGUACUUCAGAUUCAGCUCAUGUCAGUUAUGAUUACCAAACCUGUACAAUGUAGGUUUGCGAUUAUUAUGCAUAAAGAUUAACACACUAUUAACUAUAGUAGGUUGACUUGUCAAGUUCCUUAUGGCUCUAAAAAUGAAAAUCUCUUCAUGCUGUGUCUGACACAGAAAAGAUCUGGUCUCAUGGAGAAGAUUCUGAUAGCUUAAAAAGAAUGGCAAAGUUUGUCCUCAUUUCACUGGGUGGUUUUAUAGCUGAUCUGUCAUUGUUUAUGAUUUCCUCCACUUUUUCUUAAAGUGCCCUAAUUUUUCUUUGUUAUUAAGACUAAGGAGGACCCAGGCAGGCAAGUGAGUUUCAUGAAGACGUGUUGAUUUCCU